AUGCAGUUUAUUUCGAUCAUCAGCGCUCUGUCCCUUGUAGCUAGCUCUCAUGCUUGGGCUGGCGAUGACAAGGGAAAUUGGGUGGCUAACAACAAUUGGUAUACGUGGAAGAAACUAGAAAAUGGCGGCAACUGUAAGAGAAAGCAGAGGAUAUCCCAUUCCGAAAGAGUACACGAAGCAUGCACCAUCAGGAACAGAAAUGAUUAUGUUUUUGAGAACAGCGAACCAUGCUCGUACUGGGCAAAUGCUCAGGGUGGCAAGUUCAAAGGACAUUGCACACGCCGCAAGUCGGGCAAAGAUAUUCUCGUUGGGUACUAUUGA